GAAUGUCAUUUUAUUAAAUAACAAUUCAGUUGAUGUUUAAUCGUCUAACAGAAAAAAUAGUUUUUAUUCAGCCAAAAACGAUUUAAAAUGUUAAAUAAAAUUUUUUUACAACCGAUUACCCGAUCACGAACAAGCUGUGGUUAUAAGAACAUUGGCAGGUUAAUCGCAACACAAGUAGCAGAAGAUUUAAAAACAGAAACAGAACCUAAGAAUUACAUUGAAAAUUUGGAUUGGAACUCAGCAAUUCCAUAUGAACAAAUUCCAGGUCCCAGUAAAUGGAAAAUUUUGAAUUAUUUUCUGCCAGGUGGAAAAUUUUAUAAAAAACCCCGACAUUAUAUUUCCAAAGCAUUACAAGAAGAAUAUGGUGAAAUAGUCAAAAUACCAGGUUCUUUUAAACAAAAAGACGCUGUAUUCGUUUUCAACCCAAAUUAUUUCGAAAAAAUUUAUCGACAUGAUGGGAUAUGGCCGAGUAGAAGAGCUCUGGAAACUUUGGUAUAUUACAGGCAUGAAUUAAGACCAGAACUUUUUAAAGAAACCGGAACAUUAUUGACAACAAAUGGUGAGGAAUGGGGUAAAUUACGCAGUACAGUAAAUCCAAUAAUGAUGCAACCAAAAACUAUUAGAACUUAUGUACCAAGAAUGGAUAAAACAACAAAAGCAUUUAUAGAACGAAUUAAAAAAAUCCGCAAUCCGAAUACAUUGGAAACACCAGAUAAUUUUGAAAUAGAACUAAAUACAUGGGCUUUAGAACAAAUUUGUUUGGUAGGUCUAGAUAGUGAAUUGGGAUUAAUUGGAAAUGAGAAAAAGGAUAGCGACGCAUACAAAUUGAUUCAGGCAAUAAGCACAAUAUUUGAAAUAGUCGCAGAUUUAGAAUUUAAACCGUCAAUAUGGAAAUAUUACAAGACACCGAAAUACAUGAAAGUUAUUAAAGCUUAUGACGUGCUCACUGAUAUCUCCUUAAAAUAUAUUGAUGAAGCAUUUGAACGUUACAAGUUAAUUGAAAAAGAUGACAAACGAAAUGAAAACGAGAAAAGUAUUGUUGAACGUUUAAUUAAAAUCAAUAAAAAAAUUGCUGUUAUAAUGGCAAUUGAAAUGUUUUUCGCUGGUGUUGAUACAACAAGUACAACAUUUGCUGCAUUAAUGUUAUCAUUAGCAAAAAAUCCUGAGAAACAAGAAAUAUUACGUCAAGAAAUUCGUACAGUACUACCAGAUCGCGAUACAUCACUAACUGAACAGAAAUUAAAAAAUUUACCAUACCUACGUGCUGUUAUUAAGGAAUCUGUAAGACUAUAUCCAGUUGUACAUGAACACGCACGGACAACCAACGUUAAUUUUGUUUUAGGAAAAUAUCAAAUACCUAAGGACACACAGCUUAUGAUGUACGGUACACAUUUUUACAAUGAUGAAAAUUAUUUUUCUGAACCAAAUAAAUUUAUACCGGAACGUUGGUUAAGAAAUCAAGAUCAAUCUAAUAAUAGCUCAUCUGGAUGUCCAGUAACUGCAACUAAGCCAUCGAAUCCAUUUGUUUACUUACCAUUUGGUUUUGGUAAUCGUAUGUGUGUUGGUAAACGUCUUGUUGAUAUGGAAUUAGAAAUUUUAUUGGCACGUAUGGUUCGUAAUUUUAAUAUUGAAUAUAAAUACGAUGAUAGUGAUUUGUUUGAGCUUAAAUUAAUUUAUACACCAAGUAAGCCUUUAAAAUUUAAAUUAAAUAUGAUGUCAACAAAAAAAAUCUCGCCUAUAAUUAUUCGAAAUGGAAUUAACGUUUAUUGUAACAAAAAUUUUACAAAAUUAUUUGCAACGCAGGUGGCUCAAGAAUUCAAUAAAGAUACAAAUAUAAUUAAGGAAAAUUUAGAAUGGGAUUCAGCAAUUCCAUAUGAAAAAAUUCCAGGUCCCAGUAAACUAAAAGUAUUAAGUUAUUUUUUACCAGGUGGGAAAUUUUAUAAAAAAUCUAGAAGUUACAUUGGUAGAGCUUUAAAUCAAGAAUAUGGCGAUCUUGUUAAAAUUCCAGGCUCUUUUAAGCAAAGAGAUGUUGUUUUUGCAUUCAAUCCAGAUUACUCGGAGAGAAUAUAUCGUCAUGAUGGAAUAUGGCCAAGUCGAAGAGGCCCUGAAACUUUAUCAUAUUAUAGACAUGAAUUAAGACCAGAAAUUUUUAAAGAAACUGGAACAUUAUUGACAACAAAUGGUGAGGAAUGGGGUAAAUUACGCAGUACAGUAAAUCCAAUAAUGAUGCAACCAAAAACUAUUAGAACUUAUGUACCAAGAAUGGAUAAAACAACAAAAAAAUUUAUAGAGCGAGUUAAAAAAAUUCGUGAUCCAAAUACAUUGGAAACACCAGAUAAUUUUGAAAUAGAACUAAAUACAUGGGCUUUAGAACAAAUUUGUUUGGUAGGUCUAGAUAGUGAAUUGGGAUUAAUUGGAAAUGAGAAAAAGGAUAGCGACGCAUACAAAUUGAUUCAGGCAAUAAGCACAAUAUUUGAAAUAGUCGCAGAUUUAGAAUUUAAACCGUCAAUAUGGAAAUAUUACAAGACACCGAAAUACAUGAAAGUUAUUAAGGCUUAUGACGUGCUCACUGAUAUCUCUUUAAAAUAUAUUGAUAAAGCAUUUGAACGUUACAAGUUAAUUGAAAAAGAUGACAAACGAAAUGAAAACGAGAAAAGUAUUGUUGAACGUUUAAUUAAAAUCAAUAAAAAAAUUGCUGUUAUAAUGGCAAUUGAAAUGUUUUUCGCUGGUGUUGAUACAACAAGUACAACAUUUGCUGCAUUAAUGUUAUCAUUAGCAAAAAAUCCUGAGAAACAAGAAAUAUUACGUCAAGAAAUUCGUACAGUACUACCAGAUCGCGAUACACCACUAACUGAACAGAAAUUAAAAAAUUUACCAUACCUACGUGCUGUUAUUAAGGAAUCUGUAAGACUAUAUCCAGUUGUACAUGAACACGCACGGACAACCAACGUUAAUUUUGUUUUAGGAAAAUAUCAAAUACCUAAAGGUACAGACGUUUUAAUGGUCAAUACAUUUUAUUAUAAUGACGAGAAUUAUUUUUCCGAACCAAAUAAACUUAUACCUGAACGUUGGCUAAGAAAUCAAGAUCAAUCUAAUAAUAGCACAUCUGGAUGUCCAGUAACUGCAACUAAGCCAUCGAAUCCAUUUGUUUAUUUACCAUUUGGUUUUGGUAAUCGUAUGUGUGUUGGGAAACGUCUUGUUGAUAUGGAAUUAGAGAUUUUAUUGGCACGUAUGGUUCGUAAUUUUAAUAUUGAAUAUAAUUAUGAUGAUAGCGAUAUUUUCGAAUUAAAAUUGAUAUAUACACCAGUUAAGCCAUUAAAAUUUAAAUUAAUCGACAUAGAAAAUUAUUUAUUAACUGCCUCUUCCUGUAUUCAAAUUUAGAAAAUUCAUACAAGA